CUCUGUUAAUAUUCUUUUUUUUGUUAUUUUUUUAUUCGGCAUUAUUAUCUUUUUCAUGCGACACCCCAUGCAUGCAUCACGUUAUUAUCACCCAAUUGCACCGACUCCUCAAUAAAAAAAUAUCGAGAUACUUAUCAUCAAUUCGAAUUUACAUUUUUUUGUUUAUAUGGUUUUCUUGAGUAAUCAUCUGCAUGUUGGUUAUUUGUUCUUGAUUCGUACUUGUUCGGGCUAUCCCUCAGUUUCAACCUUCUGGAUUUGUUUGUGGGUGGAUACUGUGCCUUUCUCUCCAAAACUAAAACACUCGACGCGCUUUAUAUCAAUGCCAUACUUCUUUAUGGCUUGAUCCAGCAUGAAAUUUUCUGCUAUUACUAUUUGCACACGUUAAUGGAUUUAAACCGUGUAAAAUUAUUAGUUCUUAAUUUGUUCCUUAUCUAGGGGUAUAUGAUUGGCUGUCAUGUUAUGUUAGAAAAUGAAAAUUUUUUUGCUCGGUACUUUUGGAACAUGGCUGGGUGACUUUUGAUUUUCUAUUUCCUAGGAUUUUUCUUUCUACGAAUACUUGGGCUUUGAUUGUUUACUGUUUCUUAAAAUUUGUUAGUGUCCUUGUCACGUUUGAAAGUCUUUGUCCCUUGAAUAUAUAUAUAUUAUAGAAUUUUGUCCCCUAAGAACUAGAGCACUUCUUCAAGAUAAUGGAAGAAGAUGAUGAGACUACAUGUCUUGGCUGUUUCUGUAAUUUUUUUAAAUGCUUAUUUUGAACAAUCUUCUAAACUUGAUAAAUUUUGAAUAAGAAUUUGAUUGCAACUAAGUAUAAAAUUAUUUCAGAAAUCAGUUUUUAAAUCAUAAAAGUCAUAAGGGAAUCAAACAGGCCCUUAUUUACUUUUUAGUAUUUUUUUUAAAUACAUAUUCCGGGCUGAGUUUAGAUAUUAUUAGUCCCUACCAGUUUUCUAAUAUCUGGGGUAACAACUAGUGCUGUAGCUUGAAAACUUUGCUCACUUGCUUGUAUUGAGUAGAACGCUCUAUCUUCCUUAUAUUUGGUCACUUGAGGAGAAGGCAAGCUUUUGAUAGAGAGAAACAGAAGAAAGCUUGUAAUUUUUGGCUUGAAAAGUGAUGGCGAAGGAGCAAAUUCAGGUGCUAAAUGCACUUGAUGUGGCAAAAACACAAUGGUACCAUUUCACUGCAAUCAUCAUUGCUGGAAUGGGCUUCUUCACUGAUGCAUACGAUCUAUUCUGCAUAUCCCUUGUUACAAAGUUACUUGGCCGCAUAUACUACCAUGUUGAUGGCGCAGCAAAGCCCGGUAUAUUGCCUCCCAAUGUUUCAGCUGCUGUAAAUGGUGUGGCUUUCUGUGGAACACUUUCUGGCCAGCUUUUCUUUGGCUGGCUUGGUGAUAAAAUGGGAAGGAAAAAAGUUUAUGGCAUGACAUUGAUGCUGAUGGUAAUAUGCUCGAUUGGUUCAGGCCUUUCAUUCGGACAUAGUGCAAAAUCUGUGAUGGCAACUCUUUGCUUCUUCAGGUUCUGGCUUGGGUUUGGGAUUGGUGGAGAUUAUCCACUUUCUGCCACUAUAAUGUCUGAGUAUUCCAAUAAGAAGACUCGUGGUGCCUUCAUUGCUGCAGUCUUUGCCAUGCAGGGUUUUGGAAUUUUGGCAGGUGGCAUGUUUGCAAUCAUAAUUUCAGUUGCAUUCAAGAACAGGUUUGAGGCUCCACCGUAUGAGGUUGAUCCAGUUGGCUCAACUGUUGCACAAGCAGACUACAUUUGGAGGAUAAUUGUGAUGGUGGGAGCACUUCCAGCUGCAUUGACUUACUACUGGCGGAUGAAGAUGCCCGAAACCGCCCGUUAUACCGCCCUAGUCGCCAAGAACAUGGAGCAGGCAGCAACAGAUAUGUCUAAGGUUCUGCAGGUUGAGAUUCAAGCUGAACCAAAGAAAGAAGUGACAGAAACGGCCAAGUCAUAUGGCUUGUUCUCAAAGGAGUUCCUCAGUCGCCAUGGACUGCACCUACUCGGUACAGCAAGCACAUGGUUCUUGCUUGAUAUUGCAUUUUAUAGCCAAAACCUUUUCCAGAAGGAUAUCUUCAGUGCAAUUGGUUGGAUACCUCCUGCAAAAACCAUGAAUGCCAUUGAGGAGGUUUACAGAAUUGCAAGGGCUCAAACACUCAUUGCUCUAUGCAGUACUGUCCCAGGCUACUGGUUCACAGUGGCUUUAAUUGACAAGAUAGGAAGAUUUGCUAUCCAAUUGAUGGGGUUCUUCUUCAUGACUGUCUUCAUGUUUGCUCUUGCCAUUCCUUAUGACCACUGGACUCAUAAGGAUAACCGGAUAGGAUUUGUGGUGAUGUAUUCAUUGACCUUCUUCUUUGCAAAUUUUGGGCCUAAUGCCACCACAUUUGUCGUGCCGGCAGAGAUUUUCCCUGCCAGAUUCCGAUCUACCUGCCAUGGAAUUUCAUCAGCAUCCGGGAAGCUUGGGGCUAUAGUUGGCGCAUUUGGGUUCUUGUAUUUGGCACAAAACAAGGACAAGAGCAAAGCAGAUGCAGGGUACCCUGCAGGUAUUGGUGUGAAGAAUGCACUUAUUGUCUUAGGUGUGGUUAACAUUCUAGGCUUCUUCUUUACUUUCCUGGUGCCUGAGGCAAAGGGAAGAUCAUUGGAGGAGAUGUCAGGUGAAAAUGAUGAGGAAGUUGGAACCGCGGAAGAGUCAGAGCAGUCACGUUCUCACAACAACAGGACGGUUCCAUAUGUUUAGAAUAUGACCAUCUGCAGUGUUACUAUAAAUCUAUAAUAAAGCAGUGCCUUCAAUUAAACUAGGGAAGCACAAAAGCUUUCCCUUCCUCUCUCUAAAUGUGUUAAAUUUUUUUCGGACAUCAUGUAGCAGGAACUGAGGAGCUUUUUGUUCUACAUAUACGAAUAUUGGCAAAUUUGAGUCACAAUUGAUGUGUAACCAUUAUUGGUGUGUAUAGUACUUUCAAGUUUCAAUUACCAGUUUCACUGACCGACUGUAUUCUGCAUGUUAUCUUUAAUUUAUUUUUCCUUUGACUUAGUUGCUUCAGUGUUUCUUUCCCUCAAGUCUAAGGAAAACAAUUGUAUUAUACGAGACAUGUUAAAAUUGAGACAUCUUGAAUAAAACUACAGUUGAACGAGUGGUAUCAAA